CCUCGCGCCUGCGCCGCGGGCGGAAGGUCGUCCCUGUGACCGGCUGAGCGUUUGAGAAGUAGUCGCCAUGUUGUCGGUGGCCGCCCGUUCGGGCCCAUUCGCGCCCGUUCUAUCGGCCACGUCCCGCGGGGUGGCGGGCGCGCUGCGGCCGCUGGUGCAGGCCUCGGUGCCCGCCACCCCGGAGCCUCCAGUGCUGGACGUGAAGCGGCCCUUCUUGUGCCGGGAGUCGCUGAGUGGCCAGGCCGCGAGCCGGCCUCUGGUCGCCUCCGUGGGCCUCAAUGCCCCUGCUUCCAUUCGUUAUUCCCACACAGACGUCAGAGUGCCUGACUUCUCUGACUAUCGGCGCGCUGAAGUGUUAGAUGGUACAAAGUCUUCAAAAGAGAGCAGUGAGGCUAGAAAAGGUUUCUCCUAUUUGAUAACCGCAACAACUAGUAUAGGUGUUGCAUAUGCUGCCAAGAAUGUCGUCUCGCAAUUUGUUUCCAGCAUGAGUGCUUCUGCUGAUGUGUUGGCCAUGUCGAAGAUCGAAAUCAAGCUAUCUGAUAUUCCGGAAGGCAAGAACAUGGCUUUCAAAUGGAGAGGAAAACCGCUGUUUGUGCGCCAUAGAACCAAGAAGGAAAUUGAGCAGGAGGCUGCAGUUGAAGUGUCCCAGUUGAGGGACCCACAGCAUGAUUUAGAUCGAGUAAAGAAACCUGAAUGGGUUAUCUUGAUAGGGGUUUGCACUCAUCUUGGUUGUGUACCCAUUGCAAAUGCAGGAGAUUUUGGUGGUUAUUACUGCCCUUGCCAUGGGUCACACUAUGAUGCUUCUGGCAGGAUCAGGAAGGGGCCUGCACCUCUCAACCUUGAAGUUCCCUCGUAUGAGUUCACCGGUGAUGACAUGGUGGUUGUUGGUUAGAGACCUGGACUCAAGUGCUAGGCUCCUUUCCGGCUUGUCACCUAAGAAGACUUAAAUAAGCAAGCCUUCUACAGUUAAGUUGAUUUGAAAUAUUUAAGAAUUGCUAAUAAUGUAUUUGCAAACAUUAACGUGAAGUAAAUUGAAUUUAAUGUUGAAUGCUUUCAAGCGUUCACCUAAUAAAGCCACUGUUAAACAUUGUUAAGCUCAAAGACUUAAAAAGUGCAGUUUCUUUGAUAGUUAACUCUAAUUAAAAAUUACAGGCUGGUGUAUAA